CGUCCUCUCCAGGUCUUUGAUGUUUCUGUGCUGCGGCUCUGGUCGUGUUUUGGUCAGGAGGUGGUGGAAAGAUGACAGCCAGAAAGUCCGGGUCGCGAUUAGAGACUGAAAUAGAGCGCUGUAGAUCUGAGGGACAAUGGGACAAAAUACCAGAGCUCGUGCGGCAGCUGUCGGCGAAACUCAUCUCCAACGAUGAUCUUGGGGAACUCCUGCUGGGGGAGGCCAAACUCCAGCAGUACCUCAAGGAAAACCCCAUCAAGCAGGGGUCAAGUCCACGUGGGCCCCGACCACGACUCCAGGAAGUUCGGAAACAUUUGACGGCUGCACUAGAUCGGGGAAAUUUAAAGCCUGAAUACAUGCAGGAGGCCAGUCUGAUCAUGGCUAAGCUGUGCUACGUGGAGGCGGAUUACAGGGAAGCGCUGAAUCAGUACAGCCGUGUGAAUCUGGAUGAGAUGCAGCUGGUGGGAGCUCCAGUCUACAGACUCUCCAUGAUCGCAGAGGCCUAUGCCACUAAAGGUCUUUGUCUGGAGAAAGUGCCCAUGGCGUCUCCAUCACUGUCCAACAGCAUUGCAGACAAAGACCAGGAGAUCAUCACUUGCUAUGAGAAGUCUGGAGACAUUGCUCUGCUCUACCUUCAGGAAGUUGAAAAGGCUCUUAGUGCUGGCAUUCAGAACCGCAGUCCAAAGCCCGGCCCGGUCACACAGGAACAGGAACUUGGCUACUUCCUUGAGACUGGACUUCAGAGGGCUCACGUCAUCCAUUUCAAAAAUGGUAACCUGACCCGUGGUGUUGGACGCUUCCGAGAGAUUCUCCGUGCCGUUGAGACCAGAACCACUCAGAACCUGCGUAUGACUAUUGCCAGGCAGCUGGCAGAGAUCCUGCUGAGGGGCAUGUGUGAACAGAGUUACUGGAACCCAUUGGAAGACCCUCCUAACCAAUCGCCCCUGGACGACCCACUCAGACACAGCCCACACGCCAAGGACUAUGCCCUAAGUCGCCGGCCGCGCAUCUACUCAGGAGAGAAUUUGUUUUGUCCUCAGGAGAACACAGAAGAGGCUUUACUUCUGUUGUUAAUCAGCGAGUCUAUGGCUAACAGAGACGCUGUUUUGAGUCGAAUCCCCGAACACAAUAAUGACAGAAUAAUCAGCCUCCAGAGUGCCUCUUUGGUGUACGACCUGCUGACCAUCGCACUGGGCCGUCGGGGACAGUAUGAGAUGCUCUCAGAGUGUCUUGAAAGAGCCAUGAAGUUUGCCUUUGAGGAGUUUCAUCUUUGGUUCCAGCUAGCGCUCUCCCUCAUGGCUGCUGGGAAGUCGGCUCGAGCAGUGAAGGUGCUGAAGGAGUGUAUUAGACUGAAGCCAGACGAUCCCACCAUUCCUCUGCUGGCCGUCAAGCUGUGUAUUGGAAACCUGCACUGGCUGGAAGAAGGUGAGCGCUUCGCUAAAAUAGUGAUUGAUAUGGGUGAGAAGGCGGCUGAAUUCAGGGCUAAAGGCUAUCUCGCUAUUGGUCUCGUCUACAGCCUGAAAGCCACAGAUGCAUCUCUGCGAGGAAUGCAAGAAGAGUAUCAGAAAAAAGCUCUGAGCGCUUUCCAGAGGGCACAGAGUCUUUCCCCCACUGAUCAUCUGGCUGUUUUCUACCUGGCGCUGCAGCUGGCAAUAUCCCGACAGAUUCCAGAAGCGCUCGGUUAUGUACGACAGGCGUUACAGCUGCAGGGUGAUGAUGUUCACUCGCUGCACCUGCUGGCCUUGCUGCUGUCAGCUCAGAAACACUACCACGAUGCUCUCAACAUCAUCGAGAUGGCCCUCAGCGAAUACCCAGAGAACUUCAUCCUUUUAUUCACAAAGGUGAAAUUGGAGACGUUGUGUCGAGGCCCAGAAGAGGCGUUACUCUCCUGCAAACGCAUGCUGCAGAUCUGGAAAUCCUGUUACAACCUCACCAACCCCAGUGAUUCUGGAAGAGGGAGCAGUCUGUUAGACAGAGCUGUUGCUGACCGUCGCCAGCUGAACGCCAUGACACUACCUGACUUCAGUGAUCCAGAGACAGCCUCUCAUGCCUCCUCCUCUCUCUCGGGGUCAGAACCUGUAUCUCCUCUUUUUCCUCUUUCAUCCCUCUAUUCUCCACCUCCACCCAAGGCCACAGAAUCCAACCAGAGGCGCAGCAGCCAUGCUUUCUGUGACCACGCCCCCCGCCGACGCUUCUCCUCCGCCAGCAACCUUCCAGAUGCUUUCUUUCAUGGUUUUGACUCCUUUAUUGGGGUUUGUUCUGUUCAUGCCACCUCUAUAGCAGCGUCCCGAGUGGAGCAGGCGCUGUCUGAAGUGGCCUCCUCCCUCCAAAGCAGCGCCCCAAAACAGGGACCCCUACACCCUUGGAUGACCCUCGCCCAAAUCUGGCUGCAUGCAGCGGAGGUGUAUAUUGGAAUGGGAAAGGCGGCGGAGGCUACAGCGUGUACGCAGGAAGCAGCCAACCUGUUCCCCAUGUCCCAUAACGUGCUGUUCAUGAAGGGUCAGGUGGCAGAGCUGCGGGGGAACGUGGACGAGGCCAAGCGCUGGUACGAAGAGGCGCUGUCCAUCAGUCCCACCCACGUCAAGACCAUGCAGAGACUGGGUCUGAUCUUGCAUCAGCUGCAGAGGUACAGUCUAGCAGAGAAGAUCCUGCGGGAUGCGGUGCAGGUGAACAGCACGGCUCACGACGUGUGGAACAGUCUGGGUGAAGUGCUGCAAGCGCAGGGCAACGACGCCGCCGCCACCGAAUGCUUCCUCACUGCCCUGGAGCUGGAGGCCAGCUGUCCCAUCUUACCAUUCACCAUCAUUCCCCGCACCCUCUGAGACAGUAAAACCUCUCUCCCACAGUCAUGCAUGAAACACAGCCCCCUUAAACACACACACAAACACACACACACACACACAGCCCAAUCCUCAAAACUUUUCCUCUACCCAGGAAUGCCUUUCAUGGAUUUUUCCUUCCUCCUUUCUCUGUAAGAAUAUCCUCCAGCUCUCUCAUGGGUCAGUUUCAAUCCAGAAACCAAUACAAGCUGAAGUCACCAUUCAUCAAACCCCAGUGCUUCCUUUUUUCUUUUGACUUUUAUUGGGGGGGCCUGAAACAUACAAUCGUGAAGUUCUAGUAGCUGUGUGUCAUACAAGCCAGUAAUAACACUGACGCGGAGAUGGUCAGACGUUUGCAUACUUGUGGUAUGUGUGUGCGCUUGUGCAGACGGUCAGAGUUUGUGUGUGCGUCCUUUAAAUGUGCCGAUUUCCAGGAUAUCCCUUCCUGUGUGGCGUGCGCGCCUGUUUGCUUACAGUGGCUCCCUGUUACACACACAGAGACGUAAUAAAGGUUGUGUAUUAUGCUGUUGAUCCUGAGGGCAGGUGUGUCACCCGUGUUGUGACUCCUAGAAAAACAUUACGUCCCAUUCUGAUCAAACACUCCAUUGUUUGUAUACUGUAUGUCAAAAAAGAGUGGCCUAGAGCAGAUGGAACGGAUGCCAAAAGAACAACUAUUCUACAAAGCAAAUACUUUAUCUCGCUUCUCGAUGAAAGAGAGGAUAAAUCUAGUUUUGGACAUUUCACUUUGUUCCUCGGUUUAUUUUUUCACGUUUGUCACGAUUCAGAGGUCAAGAUUUAUAUUGUUGAUUUAUCAGAGACGUGUUAUUUUAGAUGUUUAUUUAUCUGUCGCGGUGGCCGUGUGUUCCACGGGUAAAGACGUAUAUGUGUUCCGCAUGUGGACCUGAGAAGUUGUUGUUGGACUGUUACAGAUGGACAUGAUGGAGUCUGUCAGAUACACAAACGGUCAAAGUGAUGAAGUCGUGUGAGAGAGAGAGCGAGGAACACUGUAUGUGUGCACUUGAAGUCUUAGCAGUGGCAAUCACAGAGCCAAACACACAACUGGAAAAGCUGUUUUAUGAUGUCAAUAAAUGAUCAAUUGUGAAACAUC